GAUAGUUUAUAUCAGACUAUCGAACGUGGUUUGAUGCCGUAACAACACAGAAAUAUAAAAGUUAGAUUUCUAAAAGAAAAUAUGCUGCGCGCAGGUUGCCAAUUGUUCAAUCAGUCAACUGUGGCGGCUGCCAAAACUGGCAGCAAUAACUUUGCAUUGGAGUUUGUCAGGUGGCGCCGCAAGCCGCGUUGGUUGCCGGUGGCCAAGAGCAAACUAUUCCGCGUGCCAGAGCGCAAGAAGCAGAGCGAAGAAGAGCGCACGGAGCUGAUGCGGCUGCACAAUCACUACAAAACCCAGUUGCGCUCAGUGCGUCAAUAUUUGCGGGAAGAGGUUGUGCGACAGCAGGAGACAUCGACAGCGGAUCACAUAGUGCUUACGCCCGAGCAGGAGGAAGCAGAGUUCCAGCGCUGCGUUGAGAUAAACGCUGCAUGGAACGCCAAAAUAGCCAUCGAACGAGAAAAGCGUUUGGCCAAGGAGCGCGAGGAGAAAGUGGCCUACGUACAGGAGCGCCUCGAUGCGCGCAGAGUGCGUGAGGAGGAGCGACGUGAGCGCGCCGACGAGCGUGUACGCUUCGAAAUCGAACAGUCGAAGUCAUUCAUCACACGUGAAAAUCUGGAUGCGGCAAUCGAAACGGCUUUGGCCAACCCCGUGGAUCACAACUUUGCCAUCGACUUGGCGGGCAACAUGAUCAAGGGGCGUAGCACGCAGCCGUCAAGCAACUAGAACUAAAUAUUUGUUUC